UAAUAAAAUAAUUUGGCAUAUAAAAAUUUGAUUUUUUCUAUAAAUGCAGAAUGAUCCAUAUUACACAAGAUAAAAAAAUAUGCAAUGAAAAAACUUAUAUUGUUGUGCAUUUUCUUAUAAUAUUAUUUGGCAUAUCUUCUUGGAUUGGUAUUAAUGGAAUAUUUAUUCAAAUACCAGUACUUAUUAAUACAUCUCCUGAAGGUUGGUUGUUACCAGUUUAUUUAGUAUCAGUAACUCAAACUGCAAAUUUUGGUCCAUUACUAUAUAUAAUCUUGCAAUACUUCAAAUGUAAGAUAAAUGAACCUUGGUGGAUAAUGUGUUUGCUGGUGUUAGGAACUUUGGCAAUGGGAUUUCUAAGUUUCUUUCAUUCUGAGAAAACUGUUAUUGCUGAUGAUGAAUACAGUUUGCUAUUAUUUGUUUUAACAUUUUUCAAUGCCUUAGUAGGUUGCUUUAGUUCUAUAUUAUUUAUACCAUAUCUUCGUAACUUUAAUAUAAAAUUUUUAACAUCAUAUUUUAUAGGAGAAGGAUUAAGUAGUGUACUGCCAAGUAUUAUUGCUUUGAUACAAGGAAUUGGAUAUAUUUCAGAAUGUAUAAUUUUUAAAAAUAAUACUAAUAUAGAAUCAUUAGAAUCUUUUGUUUUAAAAUUUUCUCCAAGUGAAUAUUUUCUAUUUAUUUUUAUUAUUUUAUUUUUAUCUUUAGUUGCUUUUGCUAUUUUAGAAUAUUCUUCAGUUUUUCAAAACAUAAAACAAAUUCAUAAUUCUAUCAAUAUAGUACUUGGUGAAAAACAAGCAUAUGAUUCUCAUGAUCAUUGUACUAAUAAUAUACAAGAAAUGAAACAUUAUUUAGUAAAUAAUAGCAAAUAUUUAACUAAACAAACACGAAAUUAUUUAUUUAUAUUACUUGCUAUUUUUUGCUUUUUGAGUCAUGGUUUCUUUCCAAGCAUACAAUCUUAUUCCUGUUUACCUUAUGGAAGUAUAGCAUAUAAAUUGUCAAUAAUAUGUGCUCAAGUUGCAAAUCCACUUAUGUGUUUAUUAGCAUUUUGGUUUAAAAUUUCAAGUAUAAAAAUUAUUAAUUACUUAUCUGUAAUAUGUUUAUUUAUUGGAAGUUACGUUAUAUAUUUAGCAAUGUCUUCAUCACCACCUUUACAAGCAACAAAACUUGGCAUUUUUUUAGUUAUAAUAUCAUGGGCACUCUUAAUAGGAUUUGUUUCUUAUUUAAAAUUAAUUGUUAUAUCAGUAUUUAGAAAUACAGUGCUUCCCAAUAUACUCUUUAAUGUAGGUGCAAUUAUGCAAAUAGCAUCUACAAGUGGUGCAAUAUUUUCAUUUAUAAUAAUUAAUUUUACAAAUUAUUUUAAAGUACAUGAUAAUUGUGCUUAAAUAAUUGAUAUAUUAAAUAUAUAUCUUAUUUAUUUUAUAUGGAAAAUAGUAAUUGUAACA